AUGGACCUGUCCCAGUCUGGAUGGACCUGUCCCAGUCUGGAUGGACCUGUCACAGUCUGGAUGGACCUGUCCCAGUCUGGAUGGACCUGUCCCAUUCUGGAUGGACCUGUCCCAGUCUGGAUGGACCCGUCCCAGUCUGGAUGGACCUGUCCCAGUCUGGAUGGACCUGUCCCAGUCUGGAUGGACCCGUCCCAGUCUGGAUGGACCCGUCCCAGUCUGGAUGGACCCGCCCCAGUCUGGAUGGACCCGUCCCAGUCUGGAUGGACCUGUCCCAGUCUGGAUAGACCUGUCCCAGUCUGGAUAGACCUGUCCCAGUCUGGAUGGACCUGUCCCAGUCUGGAUGGACCUGUCCCAUUCUGGAUGGACCUGUCCCAGUCUGGAUGGACCUGUCCCAGUCUGGAUGGACCUGUCCCAGUCUGGAUGGACCUGUGCCAGUCUGGAUGGACCUGUCACAGUCUGGAUGGACCUGUCCCAUUCUGGAUGGACCUGUCCCAUUCUGGAUGGACCCGUCCCAGUCUGGAUGGACCCGUCCCAGUCUGGAUGGACCCUUCCACAGACUGUGGGCCUCAUGCUAACAACUACAGCUAA